UAUAUAUAUAUUUUUCAAAGUUUGACAUUUGUUAACGACAGAUGGCGAUCUUUGUGGAUUAAUCAGAAGAGGCGAGUAACAAGGGAGUGUUCUUUACUGUUAAAUAUGGCUGCAACACUUCGCCCAUAUUUAACAGCAGUUCGGCAUACCUUGAAUGCAGCCAUGUGUUUAGAGAACUUCUCAUCACAAGUAGUUGAAAGACAUAAUAAACCAGAAGUUGAAGUGAGAAGUAGUAAAGAAUUAUUAUUAACACCAGUGGUAAUUAGUAGAAAUGAAAAGGAGAAGGUUUUAAUUGAAGGCUCUGUUAAUUCACUUCGUAUCAGCAUAGCUGUCAAACAAGCAGAUGAAAUUGAGCGAAUUCUUUGUCACAAAUUCAUGAGGUUCAUGAUGAUGAGAGCAGAAAAUUUUAUUGUUUUACGGAGAAAACCUGUAGAGGUAUUUAUCUAA